AUGAGGGUGCUAGUGCCGCGGGUCCCGGAGGUGCUCGUACUGGGAGUACUGGAGCUGAUGGGCCUGCGGGUGCUUCUCGUACUGGAGCUGGUGGUGCUGCGGGCGUCGGUGCUACUGAGGGUGCUGGAGCUGGACCCGCUGCGUAAUCUAGUGGGUAUUGGAGUUGGCGUUGCUGGAGCUGGGGGUGCUGCUGGCGCUGGUGCUGUCGUUCGGGGUGCUGGUGCUGUCCCUUCUGGUGCUGGUGGUGCUGAGCGGCCGCGGCCAUACUUCGUUCCGCUCCUUGAGCAGGUUCUUGGUCUUCCGCCCUCUGCUAGUCCGGCUCCUCCCUUAGAGUGUCCACCGCCUGUCCAGUCCGAGUCACAGUUACAGCCUACCUCUCCUCUGCGUGCUCCUUCUCCCUACACUGGUCCUACUGGAGGUCUUACUGAGCGUCGUGAGCCUGCGUCUCGUCCUGCGUCGCCUGUCCGUGCUGCUCGCACUAGUAGUCGUGGUUCGCGUCAGCGUCCUCCCCCUUUCCCCGGCACGCACCGGAUAUCUCUGCGUCCCUCCACUGCUCCGCUGCGUGCCUCUUUCCCUUCUCCUCCUGAGUCCUCUCUUCCUGUUCUUGCUAACCCGGAGUCGGACUCCCUUCGUGCUGCCAGUCCUACUAUCACGCGUCUCCUUGCUACUGUCGUCACUGACCCUUCCUUUGAGUCCGCUGCUGCGUCUUCCUUAGUUUCUGAGCUUGUCGACUUCGCUGCUCGCUGUCGCCUAGACUACGCUGCUGGUCUUGUCGCUGAGUCUGAGUCUGUCUGUCCUCCGUCCAUCGGGGGUGAGUUUGCCCUUGGCAUGGACGUCCUUGAGGACAGGCAGGAGGAGUUCCAGUGCUUUGCUGCUGCUUCACCUCAUCUCGUGUCCAUGCUGCUUGCCCCUGAGGGAGACCCGGGUGCACCAGACAUCCCGACUCCGCGCUCUUACGCGGAGGCGAUAGAGGGUCCCUACCUCUCUCAGUGGCAGGCAGCCAUGGAUGCAGAGAUGGCUUCCUGGAAGUCCACAGGCACCUACGUCGACGAGGUUCCCCCUCCUGGGGUGAACAUCGUCACUGGCAUGUGGAUUUUCAGGGUGAAGCGGCCGCCGGGUUCUCCGCCUGUCUUCAAGGCGCGCUACAUGGCUCGUGGCUUCAGUCAGCGGCAGGGAGUUGACUACUUUCAGACCUUCUCUCCCACCCCGAAGAUGACCACUCUUCGGGUACUGCUGCACAUAGCCGCUCACCGUGACUACGAGCUUCACUCUCUUGACUUCAGCACUGCUUUCUUGCAGGGCAGCCUGCACGAGGAGAUCAGGCUGCGCCGCCCACCUGGCUUCACGAGCAAGGAAGUAGUGGAGAGCAAUGUGCUUUGUUCUGUGCUCCAGUCGCUGCUCGCGACACAAGGCCAGCAUGGCCUUGUUGUCUACGUACAGUACUGGAGGAGAACGAGGCGGCUCUCCGAGGUCAGUCAGUAG